AUGUCUACAUCAACUCCAUCAUAUAUAACUUCUUUCCUAGAUGAAGAAAUAACAGAUAUAAACAAUUUGCUAACAUCACUCCCAUUUACAACAGAUGUAAAUAAAUAUUUCCUAGACUUAUAUAAAAUAUCAUAUAAAGAUUUAAUAAAAUUAAAUGAUUAUCAAAAUCAACAAAAAUUUCCAGUAAAUUCUCAAAAAUUAUUGAAAUUAAGUAUAUCUUUGGGCAAUUUGAUCAAAAUUUUAGAAAAUGAUGAAGAAAAUUUCAAAGUUCAAAAUCAACAACAAAAUCAAUUUUUGAAGAAGUUGAAUAAUUCAAAAUUAACUAGUCAACAUCAACAAUCAUUACAAACACUGCAAUUCCCUACUAAAAUGGAUCCAUUCCAAUCUUGUCCAACAACAACAACCACAAAUGUGAAACAUAUCAUAAAUUCAGAUGCAACACAACAACAACAAUUGCAAGAAAAUAAUUUAUCAAGACAUGAAAUAAGAUUCAUCAAGAACCUAUUCACAAUCCUCAAAAAUUUUGAUUUAAAUUUACCACAAUCUCAACAAGAAUUCAAGAGAGAUAGCUACACAUCAUUAAACUCAUCAAGUUUAUCAAACCCUCAAACACCAAAAAGAAACACUAAUCAUUCAUCGAAUUCUUCAUUACCUACAAUAAAUACAUCACCUAUAAAAUUAAACUCCAAACAAUUAUUAAUUGAGAAGCUAGAAAUCAAUAUAAAUUUAGAUAUUUUAUUCAUUUACAAAAUCAAUCUAAAAUUAGUUUUGGAGAUUUUCAAUAAAUUCAAAAAAAUAUUAAAUUCAAUAAACUUAGACUUGGUACAACAUCAACAAUCACAACAAAAGGAUACAGCAUCUAUUUUUUCAUCAACUUCUUUAAAUUCACUGGAUUCAUCAAUUUUUUCAUUAGAUGAAAAUUUAAAAAUUAUUGAAAAUAUUAUACUAAGAAUUAAAUUUAAUAUUUUGAAACCUUUCAUUCAAUUAAUUUUCAAAGAAUGUAUUGAAAAUAAUUUACAUAAUGAAUUCAAUUCUAUAAUUAAUAGUUUAUAG